AUGGCUUCUUCUCGACAGCCUAAUUACACAAUUGAUGAAGAUAAACAUCUUUGUCGUGUGUAUUUGGAGAUAUCUCAAGAUUCAGAAACAGGAAUACACCAAAGAAAAGAAAAUUUUUGGGAUCGUGUUAGGGAGGUUUACAACGAGGAGAAACCCAAUCCAAAUAUGUAUACUCGAAGUUCAAGAUCACUUGAAACUCGCAUGCAGGUUAUUUUGAGUUCGGUUUCAAAACUCAAAGGGUGUAUACAACAAGUGGAAUAUCUAAAUCCAAGUGGUUGUUCUGAAAAUGAUAUUUUCACUCGUGCAAAAGAAUUGAUGAUGCUAGACACAAAAUAUAAGAAAGGCUUCAAGUUCGAGCAUGUGUGGUCUAUUAUGAAAGAUUAUCAAAAGUUUGAUUGUCCUUCACAAAACUCUCGACAACAAAUGUCUGCAUCUCAGUCAGAUUCACUACCACAAUCUCCUAUCUCACCUGAUGGAUUGUCUAAUUUUUCUAUCAAUUUAAGCGAUGGUAGUGGCAGUGGUUCUGGAUCGUCACACCGUCCAGAUGGUGUGAAAAAGACCAAAAACAAAAGAAAAAAAUGUGAAGAUAUGUCUAAUUUUUUGAAAGUAAUUGAACAAGGAAAUAAACGAAUUGGAGAUUUAAUGGAAAACUCAUCAACCACAAAAGAGCAAAUUUUGCAACUACAAAUGCAGAAGAUUGAAGCAAAAAACAAAGCUACUGAAGCAAAAAAACAAGCUAUUGCAUUCCAAAUGUGGGAAUCAGAUAAUAAAAUUCUAAUGAUGGACACCGACAAUAUUUCUGAUCCUGUUCGCCGAGAUUAUUUCAAAAGUGAACAAGCAAAAAUCAUUUUUAAAAGACAACAACAUUCAAGUCCAUAUGAUGCUUUCAAUAUGUUUGGAGGAAAUUUUCAUGAUUUUGGAGGAUCAGGAAGCGACAUUGGAGGAUCUGGAAGCGAUGUUGGAGGAUCUGGAAGUGAUCUUGGACCUUACUAGCAUUUAUUGUAUUAUUAGUUUAAUGUUCUUGUAUUUUUAUGUGGUUGUAAUUUUAUGCUAUUGUGUUUUUAUAUUGUAAUUUAUGUUGUCGUAAUUUUAUGUUAAUG